UAGGAGCACAAUGGUACUGCCUUAUGUGUUUUGGUGGUUUUUUUUUACACACAAAGUGUUACAGAUUAAAUAGGUUACUAAAAUUAACCAGUUUGUAGGAUGUUUUAGGACACUAAUUGGUUCAUAUGUGCUGGUAAAGCCUUCUUGCUGUACUUCAAGCUAUCUGUUAGAUUCAAACCAGGAUUUUGAAAGGACAGUAUACCAAAUCUGUACUUACCACUGAUGUUGUGUGAUGCAAUUGUAUUCCACUAGCGUAGUGUCGCAUGAAGCCUUGCUUGCUCCUCCUGCAUGCACUAAAUAUAAAUGUGCACAAGCAGCAAAACCAAUUUGCCUAAUAUCUGAAUCAGCUAAACAGUGUUUGCACUGAAAUUGUGUAUCUAUAUACUGACUUCUUUGGUGAAACCUUGGGUCAAAACUGAUAAAUACUUAGAAUCAUAAUUUCAUUUUCACAUUAACUUCAGAUCGUGCUGUGCUGUUUUGUUGCUCUCCUGAUAAGUUAAUGAUUGGAGUUAUUAUACUGUCCAAAUGAAAUUAUUUGCAUUGAAAAGGAGGGACUUUUUUUUCUUAAUGCCAUAAUUUCAGUUACCUAUUUCUGCAGAAUCCUACUUCUCUUUAGUUACUAACCAGUUUAGUUAAUCUCUGUGCAAAUCCUCGAACGCUUGCAUUCGUUCUUCCAGACAGCAUUGCAUUAACAUGUGUUAUUGAAUCUUGGUAAAUAGUGUUGUGUAUAUAAUAGCAUUGUAAUUAGCUGAAUGAUACUCAGAAAACAAAUUGCUUCUUAAGGUGAUUCUUCUUCUGCCAGGAUAUGUUAUAUAUUUCUCAGCAGAUUUAAUUCUGUAAUAUUCCUGUAGCUACUGUACUUUAAACGUGCACUGCACCAGAUUACCAGACCAAAUGUCCCUCUAAUUCAGAGUUCAUAUGCAAAGUUUGUGGACUGUUUUCUCCAAAACCUAAAAAUGAGUCAGACAUCAUGCUAGUUCUGAUGUGUUUCUAAAAAUAUUGUUGUUUUGAAGUUGUCAGUUGGAGAAUAGAAAGUGUUUAAAGAGAUUUCAGUGUUAGUCAGAACGCAGUGAAGCUGCUGUUCAGCAUCUUCCUGGCUGUUCUCCCCUGAUCAUGUGCAUGCUUGCUUGCUUUAUUCUCAGCUGGGAAAAGUUCCAGAAAGACAUGUGAAGAAUCUCUUGCUAUUACAAAGAAAUCAUAGAAUCAACCAGGUAUCUGAUUCUACAGGCAAAGCACAUCUUGAGCAAGCAGAUGAGAAAUAAACCUCAAUAGUUUACUACGAAGUCAUCACACAGAUUAAACUUGUGAUUACAAAUUAAUUUGCUACUGUUAAUUCCUUAAUUUAUUAGCUGUCCACUGUGAGUAGAACAGGUCUUCCUUAAAGGACAAACACUUCUCUCUUUACAAAUCCACAUCUCUUUUUUUCAAUUGGCUUUUUCUGUAAAGCCAAUUAAGACUCUUACAACAGUAAGGCAUCUUGGAAGAAAUCCAUUUAUCUUUCUGUUGUAAAAGAAUGGGGAGGAUGCUCUAAGUGGAGGAAUAGUGAACACUUGUAGCAAAGGGAUCCCAUUUUGAGUGUGGUUAACUUUCUGCCGAUGCGAGUGGAGGACUUCAUACUACGAACUGAUUGUACUCAUGGCAGGGGUUUCCCUGCCAGGAGUAUGCAAAUUGGUUAUUCCACUAUUAAAAAAAUCACACUGCUUACAAAUGUCUCAUUUUUAAAGAAUAGUCAAAUUUUGUAUUAAAUAGACUCCUUGUUGAUGAUGCAGAUUGUAAGCUCAUGCAGGAGCAUCUGCUUCUGUUUUAGUCUAUUUAGAGAUUAUCCCUUAAUCAUGCAGGGUGUCCAGGUGUGCAUUUUCAGAUUUGAUGACUCAAGAAAGCUUGGUGAUAGCCUUAAAGGCCAAUGACAUUAUACUGUAGCUACAUUUAGGUUGUUGCUCCUCUGAGCAAGAGCUCUUGCUUCAUUCACCCAGUGGAAAGAAUGGCAAGAAGAAAUGUCCUCAUUACAGGUUGCUCCUCAGGAAUUGGACUGGCCUUAGCUUUAAAGAUGGCAAAAGAUGAACAGAAAAGAUUUAAAGUGUAUGCCACAAUGCGAAAUCUGGCCAAGAAGGAGCCACUUGAGGAAGCUGCAGGUCGCAGGUUGGGCAAAACCCUGGAAAUAAAACAACUGGAUGUUUGUGAUGAACAGUCUAUUAAAACUUGUGUGAAUAGCAUCCCUGACAGAAGGAUUGAUGUCCUAGUUAGCAAUGCUGGAAUGGGGCUCAUUGGACCUAUUGAAUGUCAGACCAUAGAUGAAAUGAAAACUGUGAUGGAUACCAACUUCUUUGGACUGGUUCGACUCCUGAAGGAGAUUUUGCCUGAUAUGAAGAGGAGAAAGAGCGGGCAUAUAGUUAUAAUAAGCAGUGUUAUGGGAAUACAAGGUAUCUUAUUUAACGAUGUCUAUGCUGCAUCUAAGUUUGCUGUGGAAGGAUUCUGCGAAAGUUUAGCUAUACAAGCACUCAAAUUCAAACUGCAGUUAAGUCUGAUUGAACCAGGUCCAGUGGUUACAGAGUUUGAGAGAAAAGUAUUUGAAGAUGGCAUGAAAAUGGAUCUUUCAGCUGCAGAUGAGGAAACAGCUCAGAUGUUUACUAAUAUUUACCUUAAAAAUUACAAACAAAUUUUCCAGAGCCUGGGACAAAGCGCUGAAGAUGUUGCAGAGCAUACAAUAAAGAUAAUUCUUUCAGAAAAUCCACCUUUUCGCCAUCAGACCAACACCUUAUAUACUCCAAUGACAACUCUAAAAUAUGCAGAUCCAAAUGGAGACCUACCCAUUGAUACAUUCUACAAAAUGGUUUUUCAUCAUGACAAAAUCUUCAGUGCAAGUCUUAACUUUAUCAAAUUGCUGAGGUGGAGAAGUAGAAAGAGCUUUGACCUGGGAAAACCAUCACAAUAAGUAGGAGAUCACAUAGUGCAGGUUGGAAAUACCUGUCACUACUGCUAACACAGUAUGCUUUUAAAUGCUUUUGCUCUGUAGUUGUGAAAAGGCAUUCAGGAUUGUUAUUUUAUCUCAAGCUAAGAUAUUAAGCCCAAUGUGUUUAUCUUGAAGUUUACAGUUUGCAGAACCUUGAGAUUAAAAUCCUUUAAGCAGAAUAAACCUAUAGUUAGUGUUUGCUUUUUACACAGAUGUGUUUUCAGGGGAAGAACACUGACUGAUAUUUGUGUAUUCAAUACUAAUGCAAUCUCCUUCACUUAUUAGAAGAUAAUGCAUAGAGUGAUGUGCCCUGUAUCUAAAUGAUUUAGAUUCUUAAUCUAAAAGUAUUUUAUCUUUAUACAUACUAGAAUUGGUGUAGUAAUCCCUCAAUCAUGACAGCAUUUUCAUUUUCAGAAAUCAGGUCUAUUUACCAGUAAUGUCAAAGGAAGUCUAUGCAAUCUUAGAAUGUUGCAACUAGAACAUUUCUUAUUCAUAUGCAUGUUAAAAUCUGGAUCUUCUGUUUAUAGGCAGUGGCUACUGGCAUAUUACACAGUGGACAAUAAAAUGCUUUUUAAAAGCAUUUCAAAAUAAA